AUGCGCUUCAACUUCGGUGGCAUUCUCUUGGCCCUGGCGGCUACCACCCAAUUCGCAGCCGCGAACCCUGCCCCAGCCAAAUGGAACGGCAAGGGCGCUGAGGCUGGCUACAAGUUCGGUGCCGUAGCCUGCGCUGCAGGUGCCCUUGUCUGCAACUCCCAGGGCAUGACAGUCGGAGCUUACACUCUCGGAAGCGCUGCCUUCUGCUGCAGCACUGCCGGUGCUGCCGUCACUGCCUCCCAGUCUGACGGGUGGAAGAAGGCCUGGACCGCCGCGGCCAACAAGCUCGGCGAUGCCGCCAGGAUGGCCAAGGGCGGCGUUUCUAAAGUUGGAAAGCUGGCUGCCGAGUGCAGCGACAAGGUGUGCCGACUGAUGCCCGGCAAGAAGCAGCCCACGCUUCCCAGAAGGGCCACCAUCGACGGGCCCAAGCCCAAGAGGUCCCGACACGGGAGAAAGAAGCAGUCUCAGAAGCACUCACAGAAGCACUCGGACGAUGAAGGCCAGGGAGAGCGACGUGCUAGACGAUCGGUCAACUAUCAGCGCCGUGCCAGAAGGGACUUCGACGACGAGUACGACUACUACUACUAA